AAGAGAUCUAAACACACCCUUUUCUCCCGUGAGCUCCAAUCUACAAUCUAUACUUUUAUUACUUCUCUCAUGUUUUAAAAAUCACAUAUACUCACUUAUUAUAUCCACACAAACUCAAUUCUAUCUAAACAACAUAUUUUACACAAAAAAAGAUCAAGACAUAAUGGAUGAACAAAACAACAUAUUAAUGUCAUCCUCACCAAAACUUCAAAAAAACCUUCAAAUUCUUGUAGAAAACCAACAAGAAUGGUGGAAUUAUGCCAUUUUUUGGCAAAUUUCUACAAAUUAUUUCACCAAUAAUAAUAUUUCUUCACAUUCACUAAUAUGGGGUGAUGGGUAUUUACGUACCUUCUCAAACCAUAAAAAGAAUCCUAAUUUAGUUCUUAAAAAUCAAAAAAAGGUUGAAUUAUUUUAUACGACUUCAUGUUCUCUGUCUUACUCCGUUAACCAAACGGUUGAAAAUGGUGGUAGUAUUUUAGCUAAGAGUUAUAAUAAUGGUGCAUAUGUAUGGUUAAGUGGGGCCCAUACGUAUGAUUGUGAACGAGUCAAGGAAGCUUGGUCUUAUGGGGUUUUGACUAUUGUUUGUAUUUCUAUUCCUUAUGGGGUGCUCGAGUUGGGAUCGGUUGAGUUGAUUAAGGAAAACUUGGCUUUGAUUCAACAAGCUCAAUGUUUGUUUGAAUCCAUGAGUACUGUUGAGCUCCAUGUUGAUUUUACAGACUUGGAUCUAUUGGGUAGCACUCACCAAGUCCAACAUAAUUUCGGUGCAACCGAGGAGUGUGAUUCCGACGAAUCCAUUAUUCGCCUUCACAAGGUGGUGAAGAAAAGAGGAAAAAUACUUAGCACGUCUCGUAACAACAAUGUCGUUAAAGUUGCAAACCAUGUUGAAGCAGAACGAGAAAGGAGAAAAAAGAUGAAUAGUCGAUUUUAUGCACUUCUAUCAGUAGUCCCUAUGGUAACUAAACCGGAUAAAGCUUCUUUACUGGGUAAUACUGUAGAAUAUAUAAAUGAAUUAAAAAACAAAAUUAGUAAUUUAGAGUCGCAACUAGAAAUAUUAAGAAAAUCAUCUAAUAAUAAUAAGGAUUUUAGUAAUUAUAUGGAUGAAAACAUGGACAAUAUCCUACAAAAUGAUUUAAAUAUUGUUGAUAUUAAAAUCCCAAUGGAUGUUAGUGUUAAAGUAUGUAGGAAUGAGGCAAUGAUUAGGGUUCAAUGUGGAAAUGUUAAUUAUCCAUGUUUAAGGUUAAUGAAUGUGCUUAAACAACUUAAAUUGGAAGUUCAUCAUGCAAUUAUCUCCACCAUUGAUGACAUUAUAGUUCAAGAUAUUGUUGUUGUUAAUGUUCCAUUAGAGCUUCAUAAUGAGGAUUCAUUGAGGGUUGCUAUUAUUAGAAGGUUAGUACAAUAAUAAAUGAAUAGGUUGCUUUUUUUAUUGGCCGUAGGACGAGAGAAAUUGAAUAUUUUGUAUAGAUCAUCAGAAUUAAAUUAAGUAUUCAAGACAUAUGUCACUUAAAUGCUUAGCUUUAGUUAAUGUAUUAGUAUUGAAGUAUGGAUGAUUGUUGUUAUAUAAUAUUUAUUUAUAUUCACUUAGUCUUAUUUGAUUCAUUUUGAUGUAAAUUUCUAACUUAUUUAAGUUUUAAUUAUGCAUGAAUUACCUACUCAAUGUAACUUAAAAGCCAUGAAUGAUGUUUGAU